GCUGCUGCAGAGACACAAGUGCGCACAGAGGAGGACGUCCUACCCGGAGAUAUCCCGACACUUGACGGUUUUUUUUUUACUCCUUUCACCACAUUGGAUCACGGACCAUCCAGGAAUAUCAGCUUCUCUGACUGAAGAGACCGAUAAAGGAUGACACUGGGACGAUUGGUUGCUCUUUAGACACUGUCGCGGUCUGGUUUGAAGAACGCGCAUUGCGCACAUGCCAGUUUUGGAUUACACUUCUUCUUGCUGUUCUCUCGUCAUCAUGAACAGUUCUGGCAACAUAGUUUCCUAACUUGGCCUGUCGUCACGCACGAUUUUCUCAGCGUACGACCUCAUCCAGAUGAGAGAUAUCCCCGGCGGAGCUGACGCGCUUUUACGCAGACAGUCCCCGGAGCGCAGCGGCGAUCCACGCAGAUCAUUAGCUGAGACGCGCUUGACUUCCACGAACGCGCCUCGUCCGUCUCCCUCGGAUCCUUCUCGGCAGGCAAAGAGGCUCCCGAUCCGGAUUGUAAAGAUGUUGACGGCGCACAGCGGCCACUUGCUGCACCCGGAAUAUCUCCAGCCGCUCCAGUCCGCUCCAGUCAGCAUAGAACUGGAUGCCAAGAAGAGUCCUUUGGCUCUACUGGCCCAGACCUGCUCACAAAUUGGUAAACCGGACCCACCUUCCUCGUCCAAGCUGGCCUCCCUCUCCUCGGGUGGUUUAGGAGACAAGGAGUCAUCCAGUCGUUCUUCCAAAUCUGGAGAGCAGCACCAGGAUGACAAGUCCAGCUUCAAGCCAUACUCCAAGUCAUCGAGUGACACACGCAAGGAUGUUCUAGUGACCAAGGGGCCUUCAGAGAAAGCAUUCCGAGUGACCAACGGCGGAACCAGCGCAUCGUGUCCAUCUUUUCCACCUCACUCGCGGUCACCACCGAGCUCCAGCUCCCCUCCCCUGCAUCCCCAGAGUCAGACCCACAGACAAAGCCAGUCACCCUCCAGCCAGCCACCAGCCCACUCUCAGGCCCUGCACGUGGACAGCAAGCCUGCAAGCACAGAGCCGUCUAGUUUGGACAGUAGCAACUCUGCGAAAAAAGACUCAGACUCAGCAAAGCCCGGGAUGGACGGCGCUCAGUUGGCCAACUCCAGCCAUGUAAGAGCUAGCGCCAACUCAAGCAACGCUAGUUCUUCAAGCAGCCCGAGGCCGGAGAGCAAGACUGACUCGCAGGCCUCCUCGCAACCAACCCUGAGCUCCGGCCACAUUGCUCCGGUGUCACCCUUCAAACCGGGACAUUCCGUCUUCCCUUUGCCUCCAGCUUCAAUGGGCUAUCACGGCUCCAUCGUGGGGGCCUACGCAGGCUACCCCUCCCAGUUUGUGCAUGGCUUGGAUCACACCAAAUCAAGUCUGGGGUUAGGACUUCCUGGAAAGCAUCCGAGCUCCAGCCCACUGACAGGAGCUUCUCCUCCUUCGCUAAUGCAGGGCUUGUGCCGGGACCCGUACUGUCUGACCUACCCUAAUGCCCCACACCUCGGUGGAAGUAACUGCACCACAUGCGUCCACGACCCGUCAAGUCUUAAGUCUGGCUUUCCUCUGGUUUACCCUUCACACCACCUCCACUCUCUGCACUCCAGUGCCCUGUCCUCCAGCACGACCCCGUCCCUCUCCCACCCCCUCUACACCUAUGGAUUCAUGCUGCCCAACGAACCGCUGCCACAUGCCUGUAACUGGGUGUCCGUUGGGGGCCCCUGUGACAAACGCUUCGCCACUUCUGAGGAGCUUCUGGCCCACUUGCGUACUCACACAGCCCUGCCCGGCAUGGUGGACAGUAAGCUGCUGUCAGCCUAUCCUUCUUCUGUAUCGUCUUCUGCGUCCUGCCACCUACACCUUCCGCCCCCCAGCAGCCCCGGUACCUUACCCAGCUCUUUCUCUCUUCGCGGUUCUCCAGGUUUAGGCCUGGCCCGCUACCACCCCUACAGCAAAUCCCAUCUGCCCGGAGCCCCAGGACUUCCCAUGCCGUCCCUUCCAUCCUCCUCGCCGUAUUACUCCCCCUACGCUCUCUACAGUCAGAGAAUGGGCUCAGCAUCCGCUCUUGGAUACCAGUGAUAACACAAGUCGUGGUGACACUCACAGCUUGGACUCCUCAGAGCCGCUAUGGUGAUUGACUCCCCUCAGUGGGGUCACCACCAUCAUGCCUACUGGCCAGCCUGACAGAGAUGCCACCUUUCAGCCUCAGGAUUGUGACCAGCAAAGGCUUCAGACUCUAAAGGAUUGUGUGCUGCAACCGAGAGACUCUCGCAAUGAUCCAUGUCUUAGAGCAGAUUUUUUUUAAAGCUGAAUUUUCAUCAGUCCUGAUUUGUUUUCUUUCGCUACAUUUGUCUCCCAGAAUGAAAGCGUGUAUUUAUUUUUUACUGAAGCUCUUGCUUUACAGCCGUGUGGGGAAGUCGACUCUCCAUUUAUAACAGAAAAGAGAAUGAUAUAUGUACCAUUUUGCCUACUAAACCACCAUCAUGAAGACGGACUACGAGGCUUUAUUCUGGGACCCCCGGUUGACUUCUCACCAUUAUCUGCUUUUUCAAGACUCAAGAAAUGCAUGUUCUUUGGAAUUGUCUUGCUAUUAUUUUUAUUUGUAAAUAUGCAAAGAUUUAAUAUUUUUUCAAGCUUACCUGGGGUCUAUAGUUGGGGGUCACCCACACAAAUGGUACAAAGAUGAACAGAGUUAUUAAUGAUGGCUGUGCUAUCCAACCGGGAAAAGUCUUAUUUUGAUAAGAAAAUAAAUGAUACGUGAUUGCAA